AUGCUGGUACAAACGUUGAGCACUUUGAUGUACACUUUCGUCUUUUUAAGUUUAUUCUUGGUCGAUUAUUUGUUAGGCAAUGGUUUCGUUGAUAUGUUCCAAACGAUAUUCUGCAAGAUAGCUUGCUUCGUGAAGAAAACAUUGCGAGAGGAGGCGAAAAAAACGCAAUUAGUUGGCAAGGAGAAUCCGAUUAGCAUUCCGGUCAUAUUCAUCGAAAUACUGGUUUUGUCAUUGACUAUUGCCUUCUUAAACAAGUACAAAAAGUAUCGAGCCAAAGAUCGUAUAGAUGAAUUACUGAAUGAGAGCAAAGAGGCCAUACGUCAGACAAACGAGUUUCUAGAGAAAUGGCGACUGCGGAGGGUAUCGGCGCCUUUAAUGACCUCACGAAAAUAUCCCCUCGAUUCAGUAUCACGCUUAGUACCUACAGAUUUUUCCUACUUGGACGAAGAACCCCAAGAGAUCAAGCCUUUGAAGCUAGAAGUACCAAUACUACACAUGGCCAUAAUAGAUACCCUUGGGACAACAAGGAGCCUGCCCGAAAGCGGAGAUGCCGGUGACACGUUCAACAUUACGGAUUCAACACUAUUAUCUGUGACAUCGCUUCUCGAAGAUGACCUAGAAUCGAUACCGGAUCCAAUUGAUGAUAAAUUGACAGACGAAUCUAAUCACAUCGAUAUGGAUAAUCGAUUUUUGGACAGAUCGAAAAGUAUCGAGUUUAAUAGUCGAUUCUUGUGGGAUGUUGUCGAAGAAGAUGAGGCGUAUGAGUAA